UUGUGAAUGGGACUCACGGCGUUUAUGAGUGUUUCGAACUGUUUUAUGUUCACAGACACACGCGAGAAUUCCUCAUUUUGGACGGAAAAUAUUUUUUUUUGUUGCAGUUUUCUGUUGUUCUAAAUUGGAUUACAUCCGUAAUGAUUCGAAGUAAAACACACACUCGAGCGAGCGGACGCCAUCUUUCUCCAGCUGUGCUGUAUCGAUUCUCUGAAGAUUAAAGUCUUUAACGUUUCACGCCGCAUACUUUGAUGACACCCAGGAGCCGGAAGUGAGACUCAUGGCCACCGUCCCGAUCCCCCCUCCUCCUCCUCCCCCUCCUCCUCCUCUUCCUCCUCCUCCUCUUCCUCUGACCCGCACAGACUCUGGCCGCAAGCACCGGCUGCGCAAUCUCAACUGGGAGCGGAUCCCUAAGGAGCGCGUGGAGGGGCGAGCGAGUGUGUGGAGCGGCUCGCUGGACGAGGACACUGACCUCUCCAUCGACCUCAGCUCUCUGGACGAGCUCUUCAGGCAGAAAGAGGGCGUGAAGCCGGACCGGGCCGCUGGCUUUCGCCGCAGUUUGCUGAGGAGCAGGUCUCCACUAGAGAUGAGUGUGGACAAAGUUACACUGCUGGACUCAAAGCGCAGCAUGAAUGUUGGGAUAUUUCUGCGGCAGCUGAAAAUCGGCGUGGAGGAGAUCGUGGAGGACGUGAGACGAGGAGCCGGAGAGCGUUACGGAGCGGAGAAACUGGCGGAGCUCUGCAAACUUCUGCCUGAUAAUGAAGAGGAGGCCCGGUUGAAGAAGUUCAGCGGUGACCGUAGUUUACUGGCAGAGCCGGAUCUCUUCAUUCUCUUACUGGUGGAGAUACCCAGCUUCCGCAUGCGCCUGGACGUCCUGAUCCUCCAGCAGGAGUUUGACCCCGCGGUGACCUCUCUCUGUGUGGCGGCCGGAUGUCUGCGGGAGGCGGCUCGAGAGCUGCUGAGCUGCCCCGAGCUUCACUACAUCCUGCGACUGGUGCUGAAGGCGGGAAACUACAUGAACGCUGGUGGUUACGCUGGAAAUGCUGCUGGAUUCAGGAUUUCCUCUCUGCUCAAACUGGCUGACACCAAAGCCAACAAACCAGGCAUGAACCUCCUCCAUUUUGUUGCCAUGGAGGCGGUGAAGAAGGAUAAAGACUUGCUGACGUUUCCCAGCCGCCUGAGUCACGUGGGUCCAGCUUCAAGGUUGUCAGAAGAGUCCGUACUGGAGGAUCUCUCUCGACUGCAAAGCCGAGUGUCAGCGCUCAGAGUCCGAGCUCAGGCCGACGCGGAAAUCCAGAUGCAGACCAGAGCCUUUCUAGAGGUUGCGGAGGUGAGGCUGACCGAAGCCCAGGAGGAGCUGGACCGCUUGCAGGAGAGCAGCAAGGCUUUAGUGGAGUUCUUCUGUGAGGAUGACAAGACCUUCAGGCUGGAGGAGGCCUGUCUGAUCUUCCACGGCUUCUGCCAUCGCUUCCAGAGGGCCGUACAGGAGAACACAGAGCGGGAGUUGCAGGAGCAGCGGCGCGUGGCCCGCGAGCGUGAGAACGUGGGAAAGCGUCGUUCCCUGGCUCUGUGUACGGGCCUGGAAGAGGAGCGCGACUCAGACGACCUGGAUCACGCUCUGCAGAGGAGCUUGAGUUACACGGGCAGCCGGCGGAGCCUGCGCAGACUCUCACAAUACUUCCUCCGCUCCAGCGAGAGAAACGCCACAUCUGACAUCCAACAGCAGCCCAACUCAACCCUCAGAGACUCGGCGCUCCUGAGACAGAAGGAGGAAGAUCAGGAGCUGAGCACAGAUGCUACAUGCGGCCUUCAAGCAGACGCUGUGAAAAGCCAAUCUAGGUUGAAUACGAGGACAGUCCCCAGUGAUAACGCUUUUGUUGCUUUGGGAAAAACAAGUAUCACGUCACAUCAGCAGGGGGCAGCGAAUGUCCUCCCGCUCGCAGGAAUAUCCCCUAACAAAGUGUUGAAAGUUGAGAAACGGGUUCAAGACGCCUCUGAAAGGCUGACGCAGAUUGCGAAGGAUCCUGAGAAGAAGGAUUGUGUAAAUGACAAAGACUCUCAAUCUCAGAGAGGAGCAACACUAGAGACGGACACCAAAACGGCGUGGACAAACGCGUGUGAAGCUAGUCGUGCGUGUAGCGCAGAGCGAGAGCUCGUUUACCCUCGUGUCGGAGAAACGCUGGAGUGCCACACGCUAGUGAAGGGCCUUCGCUCCUACGAGAGCCUUUCUCCAACCGUGACGCGACCAGCCACAAAUAAUCACUGCUCAAAGUGGAGGAAAGAGCGGGAAGCUGAGGAGCGAGGUUGCGCUAGCUCACCCCAUGCUAAGGAUGAUAGCCGUCUAAAAACGCCCCCUCGAGGGCCGUCUAAAAGACUGAUGGUUCCCCGCGGAGCGCCUUCUAACUAUAGCGGGAUCCCGAGAGUUCAUAAGACUCCCGCUGAUAGCUCAUCAGCUAGUCAGGUAUCGCGUCCCGCAUCCGUACGCACAUCGCUAAUGAAACGCUUCAGCGGAGGCCAAAAUGAGCUCAAACGCAAUAGUAGUGCGAGGCAGAAAGCGAACACGCCGCCGGAUACGGGGAUACUAAAAGGUAACGCCGUUGAAAAGUCGAAGCAGGGCGAAGACAAGCCUUUUAUGAGGGGCUCGCCUCUUCGCGUGUCCAAACGGGUAGCGCCCAACUCUGAAUCCGCGGCUAACCACACCAUACACAGUCCCACCGCGGCUACGACCGCGAAGACCAUCCGUACGGCCAUCAUAAGUGCAGCCAAAGCCAAGACAAACACCAGAACACCAGGCCCGAAAAUCCCCAGAGCGGCCGCCCAGCCCCUGUGGAGGUGAUGUACGGUUCUCUGCGUUUAUGAGACGUGAGUCAUAGGGCUGUCAAACGAUUAAUCG